AUGAAAUACGGCGAACAGCUCGAGCAGGAAUCCGUUCCAGAAUGGAGUUUACAUAACGUCGACUACAACUCGCUCAAGCACGAGAUCAAGGUUCAUACGAGCCGCGACCAGGCGACCGCAAUCGCCAUUCCCGGUCACCAAGAUGCUGCUCUCAAGCGUUUCGAAGAUAACCUCUACCACGAGCUUUGCCAACAGCACGACCGGGUUGAUCUUUUUGUUUCCAGCAAGGCGGACGAGCUUUCGCGUCGACUGCAAUACAUCGCCGAUCAGCUUCAAAAGUUGAUUGUCAAGUGUGCCGAGGAGGGUGACCGUAUUUCGAUCAAGCGGCAUCGACGGUUCGCCAAGUACGAAAGGGAUCUGCUUCGUUGCGGAGAAGAAACACUUGCGCUCGCUCGUUUCAUCAACGCCCAGAUUACGGCUUUCCGGAAGAUUACGAAAAAGUACAAGAAAUGGACAGGAUCUUCCACACUCGGCGCACGCUUUCGCGAAAACGUACUCGCUAACCCCAAGAGCUUUACCCGUCGCGACCUGAAUAACCUCCAAACACGUUACGAGGAGUUGCUCAACACUCUCCGCACCUCCACGCCUCAGUUGAGCGAGCCCAGCUCGCCCUCCUCCGAUGAACAGACACCCACGAGGCGAGGAUCUACCGCAGAGAGUUUCUUCACGCCUUUGCCACCAGCAGAGCGAAUUCCUCGGAGGCCCAUCCAGCAGCAACAGCAACAGCACUACUGGAAUGAGUAUGACGAUGGCAGCGAGAAUGGUGGACAGGAGGAGGAAUACGCCAUUUAUAUCAACCCUGACGCAGACAUGAGCUUUCCCGGCCUGGACUCGAUGCGCGCGAUUCUUGCCGCGCCCUUCCGCCACGCAAAGACGUGGUUUUCAAGGCGGCAGAACCCUGAGGGGCAGCGAUUGUUGGCCAGCGAGCCCUUCCUCCAAAGCUACGGCGGCAUUUCACCACUUGGCACGGAUACCGACGACGAGUACGCGAGCUCUGAUGGUAUGCCUACGAACGGAUAUGCCACGCAUUAUGCUACGCUACCCAGCAUUAACGAGCAGCAAGUGCGGCGGUACCGCGAGCGCGUUUUGUUCUGGGCCACCAUUGGCUGUUUCGGCGUAUCUUUCCUACUACUCCUUGUGGCUGGUAUCCUCAUUUCAACGGGCCGCCACAAGCUACGCGCAGAGGUCGACGCUGGCGUGACAGUUGGCGUCGUGGCCAGUCUCUUCAGCGCCUGCCUCGCCUUGGGUAUGUCGCUUUAUCGGCACGAUGAUUUGGGCAUCUGGCAACGUGUGGCCGUGUAUAGCAGCUUUUUCACAGCCUGCAUGCUCAACGGUAUGCUACUCAUCCUUGUUGUGGGGAAUGCAGCAUAG